UCAUAAAAUUUAUGAAUAAUUUUGAUAUUUUAGAUGAUUUAUAUGAAGAUAUUAAACAAAUCAAAGGGGAUGUUAACUAUAUAAAUGUUGAUAAAGAAGUACAGACAGAAUCUACUGAAAAUGAACAAAUUAUUAAACUUGAAACAAAUAUUAUUGCAUUGCAUCAUCUUGCCGAAGAAAGAAUUAAUGAAUUAUUAGAUAUAAGAGAUAAACUUAUGAAAGAAAAUGAAGUAUUAAGAAAAGAGCUACGAUGCAUCAAAAUAAAACACAAUGAACAAAUAAAGAUUAAGCCAAAUGAUGACACUUUGAAAAAUAUUCCAACUUCCCUAAAUUAUCCUAUUUCAAUUGCAAACAUUAAGAGUAAAGAUAUAGAACAUCUUAGGGAACAAUAUAAAAAGACUAAGGAAGAAAGUAUUCAAAAAGGAUAUAAAGAUAAAUCAAAGGUUAUAAAUAAUGAAAUUGGACAUAAAGGACAAUCAAGAUCAAUAAAUAAAUCUAAAACAUCAAGAGAAUCAGGUUUUAAAGAUAAAAUAAAAGAUGACCCCAAAAAAUCAAGACAAUCAGGAUCCAAAAAUAUACCUAAAUGUGAUUAAUGACUCUUAAAUUUAAUGAUAAAUAUAAAGAUGACUAAAAAAUUAAGACAAUCUAGGCCUAUAAAUAAAUCUAUAGAUUAUUCUAAAUAUCAAUAAAUAUUUAUUUAGCAUAAUAAAAUAAAAUAAAUCAUUUGAUAAUUAGAGGAGGCUCUUGAAUAUUAUGUCUUUUUCUAAAUGAUUUCAAUGAUUCUUCCCAAUAUUUUUCAAAAUAGAUGGCCAUUAAAAAAUUUGAGUUGUAGCCACAAUUGACUGCCCAAUUAAGAUAAUAGUCUACAUAUAAU